AUGGUAUUUCUCCUGACAAUUAUGAUCCCACCUCAAGGUUUUGCUCAACCGCCUUUGUUGGAAGAGAGUGAAGAGUUUGAUGAUGGAACAAUUUCUCGGCAUCCUAAGCUUGAUGCAGCCUCGGCCAAGCAGACGGAAACACUGCCACUGUGCUGCAGCAAACAGACUCCCCUGAGGUGCCGCCCCGAGGAUGCCGCGGAGGACGUCGCGGACGAGACGUUCCAUCUAGUGACUGGCUACAGAUCAGAUGUGGACUAUGUGAAAGAUGCAGAGGACAAAGUGGCAGAUUUGACGUAUGACAAGAAAUGCCCUUCACGGGGAACCGUGAACAAAUCAACAUGUCCGAGCUACCCUGUCAUGACCUUUAACCCCUACAGACUGCCCUCCGUGGUGGUGGAGGCUCGGUGUUCGUGUGGUACAUGCCUCACUCUCGCGGGGAGGUCCCCCCACGCCUGCAAACCCAUCUACUACUACCGUUCUGUGCUGGAGGUGCCGCGACGUCACAGGCAAGGGAGACCACUCUGCUAUGUCCGGGUAGUGCGGAGGUUUAGUGUAGGUUGUCAGUGUGCUUUUUCACAGCGGGAGAAGAUAGCCAGUACUAAAACACCAAUGUGACAGUCUCCCCGACUGGCCUUGUAUUGAUUUCUUGUCUUGCUCGAACCUCAAAGCCUCGGUAUCAUGCUUUUUGGGGGAUGUUUGGGUUUUACGAGAAC